UGGGAUAGUUGCCACGACGCAGGAGCAAGGAGGGGGAAUUAUUCUCUCGGGAUACUUAUAUUUCUGCUCAUCUCGCUAGCAGGAGAGACCAAAGAAAAAAGGGCUCGGAUCAUCCACAAUGACGUCCUCCUCGUUCACUAUCAGAACGCCCUGCUCGUCCGCCAACAUCGGCCCUGGCUUCGAUGUCAUUGGCCUGGCAUUGUCCCUCCAUCUCGAGCUUCAUGUCACCAUCGACGGAUCCAAGUCAUCAUCGCAACAGCCGCUGAACUGUGCAAUCACCUACGAGGACCAGAGUGGAAGCACGGAGCAGAUCAGUCUUGACCCGGAGGUUAACCUGAUCACCCGCGUAGCUCUUUAUGUACUCAGAUGCCAUAACCAGCGAGCAUUCCCUGUCGAAACUCGUGUUCACAUUGUAAACCCAAUUCCUCUGGGACGGGGUCUGGGGUCGUCGGGAACCGCCGUGGUGGCCGGUGUGGUGCUGGGGAAUGAAGUAGGUCGUCUCGGGCUGAGCAAGGACCGCCUUUUGGAUUACUGCUUAAUGAUCGAGAGACACCCGGACAACGUUGCGGCUUCGCUGUUUGGUGGCUUCGUUGGUACAUACCUGAACGAGCUGAAGCCUGAGGAUGUUGCCCGCAAGGAAAUUCCUCUGAGUGAAGUGCUGCCCGCACCCGCGGGUGGUGUGGACACUGGUAUCAGACCGCCAGAGCCACCCCUAGGGAUUGGCCACUACAGAAAGUUCGCCUGGGCCAAGGAGAUUAAAGCCAUCGCCAUCAUCCCCGACUUUGUUGUGCCGACGGCCAACGCCCGCAAUGUCUUGCCUAAAACGUAUACGAGAGCUGACGUUGUCUUCAACCUCCAGCGAGCUGCUCUGCUCCCCGCGGCACUGGGAAGCUCGCCGCCAGACCCAGACAUGAUCUACCUUGCCAUGCAGGACAAGGUUCACCAACCAUAUCGCCAGACCUUGAUUCCGGGUUUGACGGAGAUCCUGCAGUCGAUGACUCCGACCACGCAGCCUGGCCUCCUGGGCAUCUGUCUGUCCGGCGCCGGGCCAACCAUCCUUGCCUUGGCUACCGAGAACUUCGAUGAAAUUGCAGCGCGUAUUAUUGCCCGGUUCGCCUCCAACAAUAUAACCUGCAAGUGGAAGCUUCUCGUGCCUGCUCAAGACGGAACAGUGGUAGAAUGGCAGUAAACCACUAUCAGCACAUUUUGAUAAAUAUAGAAGAAGAGAUCUUAAAUGUUCAGUAUGACCUGCGUCUCAAUAGAACCCUAGGAAUCACAGCAUAAUUACUUCAGACUAUAUUUCUGGAAAGGGGGGGCAAUGGCUGAAUGGUCUUGAUCUGCUGUCCGUCUCACCCUCAUCCACACUUCGUUCACAAUAGACAGUUUCCUGAUUUCGAUAUAUCUCAAGUUCCACAAGGCUGCAGCAGUUAGAAAGCAUAUAUAAACCCGGCAUUUUCCCGAGUCUAAGCAGGCCAGUUAACUAGGAGUCGAUGAUGACGGAUUAGAUGGUCUGAAGAAUUGCUCUACGAGGUUCCAUUGAAAGCUGACUUCUAUAAUACAAUAAUUAUUUCAGCCUAUCUUCCUAGUCUACAAAACAAGCUGCAAUUGUUACUCCGCAGAGUAAUGAUUUUUUUUCUACA